UAAUGUGUGCAAACUGCACUAAAAAGUUUUUACCGUUUUGCUUCGUAAAAGGCGCAAACUGUUUCAAUAAGAGAUGCCGAUUGAUUAAACUCAAAAGUUGAAAAAAUUCUAUGCUAACUUUUCGCUGGAUCCUUCGAAGCAUCCAUGGUUGCAUGUUUGAGUGCGUGCUGUGUUUAUGUUGUAGUUAUUAGUUUUUAAAUGAAUAUCUAACUAGAUUUACUAUGGCAGUACUCUCUGUGGAAAUUGUAUGUAUUUCUUAACUAGCGCAGAAAAUUCUUUCUAUUACUGUAUUAAACAUUUACUCGUUUGAAAUAAAGUAUUUGAUCAUUCAAUAUGUUUAACGAUGUCCAUGCUGUUUACUGUUCCAUUUGAAAUCAGUUGAGUUGAAUCAUCAUGACAAGAAACUUAGUGAUAUGUUUGGUUCCUACAGUUCUUACUUUUCUUGCUAUUUAUUGGCUUAAAAGAAGGAAGAAAACAAAAUCUAUCAGUGAGCUGCCUUCCGACAGUGUGUGUGAAAUACAGGAAGAAAAUAAGUCCUGUUUGGAGUCUACAUCGUCAUCAGAUAUAGAUAACACCUUCUCUGACGCCUGCAGUUUUACUUCUCCAAUAAGGUCUGAGAAAUCCUCUGAGUCCGACUGCCCAUUAUUUGAUUCACCUUUACAUGUAAGCGAUGGACACCCCCAUUGUAACUUAGUUUUACCCAACUGCGUUGAAAACUCUCAUGUGUCUUAUGGUAGUGAGAACAAAGAUUUUUUAAGAAUUGAGGAUAUAAAAAAUAGUGUAGAAGAUUCUGAGCAAGUUUUUGAAUCAGGGAUUGUCAAAUUCGAAAACGAUUCUGCGUUGCAGCAGAGUUCAAAGUACAAAAAUUUGAUUAAACAAGAUAUAGACUUCUUCAAAAGCGAGGAUUUGUUUUUAUCCGAAGCAAAUAAGGACGACCUGAGUAGUCCAAAUGACCAAACCUUAGAUUUGAAUAGCAGUUUUGAAAUCGGGAAUAAUAACCCCGAAGGUUGUUUACAAAAGAACAUUGUUGAGUGUGAAAAUUUAGACAAUUUAACAGCCUCGUCACCCGUCGAGUGCGAGAAGAUUAUCGAAACAGAUUGCCAUUCGAGUGCAUUUGAUGAAAAUAGUUUAAGCUAUGUUAGUGAUGAUUCUGAAGGCAAGCUAUUUGCUGAGUCCACAAAUAAAGAUAGUCUAUCUAGCGUUUUAGAUGAAAGCAGCUUAUUGAGUAGUUUUUGCGAUGAAUUAGAUAAAAGUUCCGCUAGCAACAGUCCAACUGCUAUUGCAUCAAAUCUCAUCAAAAACGAUGGCUCUAGUUCUCCGAAAGAUGUUCUGAAUUUGCUAUCUUUUAACGAAUCCUUAAUAAACAUUCAAAACUACACCGAUUCGUAUACUGAAAGUUUGAAAGAAUCCAAUCUUGGUAAGCAUUUAGAAGUUCCACCCAAUGAAGAUAAUAAUUCUAUUUGUCCAGAUAUGAAUAUUUUUGGAACAGAAAAGUCUUUUAGUUCUGAAGUCGAAUCGAUUAUAAAGAAUUUAGACCACUCGGAUGAGAGAUCCUUUAAUCCUAAAGAGAGUGAUGAUGAUCUUGUACAAAAUAAUUUGUCUGCCAUUAAAGAUUUAUCCUUAACUUCUAAUGAUAAAUUUACUUGUGAUAGUAAGACUCUAAAUAUAGAUGCAGUUGUAGCAGAAGGCUCUAGUGUUAGCAGUUCUACAGAGAAUGGGCACGGUAAUGGUGUCAAAUCUGAGACAUAUGCUUCCAUUUUGAAUAUGAAUAAAAAUAAUUCUAGUUCAGGUGCAGCAACUUGUAUACUGCAACAAAUUUCACCAGACUUAAAUUCACUGACAUUAAAUUGUAAUGAUUCUGUUAAUAAUUUCUCUAGUUCAAACUGGACUGAUAAAGCAGUUUCAAAAUCAACUAACUUGAGUGCAACUAGUUUGUGUAGUGAUUCAAAGCAGUUGCUCAAUGCAAGUAAUGAAAUUCUGCCAUUAGGAAGGUAUUGUGAAAUAAAAACUAACAUAGAUUUGACUGUUGCUGAUAAAAAUUCAACUAGUUCAUCUCACAAAGAUAGCCACUUAGAAUUAUCGACUGAAGAAGGAUAUAAAACUGUAAAACAAUGCAAACUGGAAUGUAAUGGAUUUUUAGACCCAAAGACUUCCACACAAUCAUCAAAAGAAUUUGUCUAUGAGUUUGAGUUGCCACAAGAGCUGUGUGGCCGUCUCAUCGGAAAGCACGGCAGGAAUGUCAAAAGUAUAAUGGAGCACUCCAAUGCAAAUGUCUUCAUUAAGCACCAUCCGUAUGAUCCAUUACUAAAGGUUGUUGUGGUCGAAGGUCAUCGGGCAGAUGUUAAUGAAGCAUUGGAAAUAAUUCGGCGAAAGUAUCCUCCUUCUAUGUUUCCUUCUGUUACAUUAGUCCAAACCAAUGUUCUAAGUUCAACUGGUGUACCAAUGCCUGAAUCUUUGCAGCUUCAUCUACCCGAAGGUGCUUCCUGUGAUGUUAUAUUGUCUAGUCUGGUAUCUGCUGGACACUUCUUCCUCCAACAGCCCACUCAUCCGACCUAUCCUUCUCUUAGCACUCUGGACCAAUGUAUGAUAAAUCUAUAUUCUCAAAUGGAUACUCCUCUCCUGCCUCAGCCCAUUGAAGCUGGCGUAAUAUGUGCUGCUCCAGUCUAUCGAGGAUGGUACAGAGCUCAAGUUGUUUACAUAUGUGAUAAUUCAUCUGAUUGUGGAAUCAAGUUUGUAGAUUAUGGUGGUUUUUCCCAAGUCCCUAUUUCGUCUUUACGUCAGAUAAGAAGUGACUUCAUGAGUUUACCCUUCCAAGCAUCUGAAUGUUAUUUGGCACAAGUCAGACCUCUUGGUGGUGAUACUUGGUCUUCUGAAGCAACUUCCGUAUUUGAAGAACUAGCUCAAGGACAGAUACUUCAGGCUCUGCUUGUUGAAUAUGCUGACGAUGGCAUUCCUUGUGUUUAUUUAUACAGAGUACAAGGCGUGUCUAGUACUUUUAUCAACAAGGAAUUAGUGGAGCGAGGUCUCGCUGAGUGGGUGGGCAACAACAAUCAUUGGGAUCCACACUGACCUUCUUUCUAAUGUCACACACACCAUUCACUUAUGUGUUCAAUAUAUUGUUAAUUAAAUCACAGUGGACAUUCUCAAUGUGUCAGUAAAGAAAGAACUUUGAAACAGCCUUUUUUUUUUCUUUUCUUUUUAAUAUAUUUCAUUCAUAAGUUUAGAACUGCUAUAGUAUUUUGUUCCCUUUUUAUUAAUCAAACUUCUCUUGAAUCAACAUAUUUCUUUAUUGAAAUAAGGUUUAGUGCAAGUACCAACUGCAGUGGAAAGUCCCAUUUCCAAAAUGAUCGGGAAUUUCCCAGCAAAUGCAGAAAGUUGACUUUUCAGGAUAAUAUGUCAAUCUGGUAAACAAAAAUACUUUUUUAAAAAAUAAGGAAAUUUUUUAAAAAAAUGAUAAUUUAUUUUUACGCAAUAAGAUUUUAUUUGUAGUUAAAUGACAUUUAAUUAACUAAAGAAUAUUUAGUAUGUAUGAUGAAAAAUGAAUUUCACUAAUUAUUGUUUUUUUUUUAAAAUAAAAAUUAAGUCGACAAUAAGUUGAACUUUAGCUUUCAUUCAUAAAGACAUCCUCUUUCUCUCUCUUUUCACUUGAUAUGAAAGAUUGGCAGUGCAGAUAUUGAUAUUAAAAAACGGGCUUCAAAUUAAAAGAGAAAAUCAGUCCUAUUUAAAAAGAAAUAUUACAAGACAAAGAAUGGAAUAGAAAUAAUUCAUUAAUGAAAACAUAAUAAAUCAAAUAAAGCCUGUUUAUUGGUGUGUUUUUUCCCCUUCAAACAUUUAGCUUUAUUAUUAUUCUUAGUUUAUUCCUCUGACUGAAGUUAGUUUUUCCUUAACUGCUCUUGUCCUGACUCUUUAAGUGUGCUUCUUAAAGCAAUAUAAAUGUUAACUAUCCUUAAUUCAGAAUGAGCAGAUAGAAAUGUUUUUAUGGGUACAUAAGAUUUUAGAAACGAUCACAAAUGUGUAAAAAAUAAAAAAAAGAUUAUUACUCAUUUGUUUUUCGGAGAAAAAGAUUUUUUUUUUUUUUUUUAAAGAUUAGAAGUGACUUGAAAAUAAAAUUUUGAUAUGGGACUUUUUAUUGUACUUGAAACUAGUAUUUUUUUUAAAACCGAGUUUGUGUUCUUAGUUUUUAAAAGUCUACAAUAUAUAUACACGCAAUGAAACCUCUUGGGAGCAACCACUCUCUGUUCCGCUGUAAAAUGGAUGUUAAUGGAGGUUGGUCGUUCUGGGGGGUUACUUAAUUGCCUUCAAAAUGUUAUCAAAGUUACAUGAUUUUUCUCAAGCGAUUUUAAUUUUCUUGGUGCAGAAAUGCAACUUGAGUUGGAGUAAUGAAAACUGGAUCGAUGAAUAAAUUUAGCAUCAAUAAAAAUGACCCCUACUGAUGUAAUUAUGCGUAAAAACAAAUUUACCAAUUCUGAAUAAUUGUUUACUAUUUUAAAUAAGUAAACAAUUAUGUUUUUGUGUGCCUUUAAUUUUAUAUCAAAAAAAUUAGUUUGCUUUAAAAAAUGAGAGUUUUCUUUGUUUAACAUGCUUAGUUUUUCUAAAGUAACUUUUUCCUAAUUUAACUUUUAACUCUAAAACUAAAUCAUUGAUAGCAUUGUCUUCAGGGCACUAACUGUAACAUGAGAUUGUCAAUCUGUUCAGAAAUCGUCAAAAAUAGCUCUCUAGAUAGAGCCACUCGUAAAUAUUUUGAAUAAAUUUUAAUCUAUUUGUUUUCUUAAAAAAAAAAAAAAAUUUUGAUAAUUUUUUGAGUUUUCUUAUUUGACCUUUUCCGCAUUUGGUGCGAAUGUUUGCCAGGUCGCUGGGAGAGGUUUUGGUAGUAUCUCCUUAAAGGUUUCUUCAUCACCAAGUUUACGGAAAAAAUUCUAUGCCUCCCAAAAGUGGUCUUAAAUAGAGGGGGUUGCUACACACUGGUGGUCUUUCCUGGAGGUUUCACUGUAUGUAAUUUGUGUGCAAUUUAU